AUGAAUGUGAUUAGGUUUCAGCUUCCAGCCGACUUUGAGCCGAAGUGCAAGAAGUAUCGAAGCAGGAGAAGGAUUCCCCGGAGCGCCCACACAACCCCCGACACACUGUUCAGCCUGAGCGAGCUGGCGAUCCGACGAAUGUUGGCGGGCCGCGUACCGCGCAGGAAGUUCUGGGCGACCGUUCUGUCGCUGCUUCCCGGUUCGGAGUCGCGAAGGAGCGGCGUCCGGCAUCAGGUGGAACACCCGCGGGACUUCAAUGUGCACCUUCGGUCCACCGUCAACUACGCCAACCACUGGGAGCUGCUGGAGGAGACGCUACGGCACGAGCACCGCUGGCCACAGGUCCGAAUCGGCGAGUCCGCACGCAACCGGAUCACGCGCCUCCACCAGGACUAUCCGCCGCCGCAGAUCUGGCAGAUACGACCCUACGAUAUGCUUACGAGCGCGUUCAUCGUCCGCACGGCGGCCCGGAUUGCGUCACUCGAGCAGCAACGCUCCCAGGGACGUCUGGGGCGGCUCAGCAGUAGAACCACGUCCAACACUAACACUAUCGGUGGGACGGCCACCACUAGCAGCACCACCACCAGUUGCUCCUGCCGCUUCCGGUUGAGCCGGGGUCAGUCGAUGGACGUACCGGACGACGAGGACGACAACGACGCGGACGCCGAUGAGGUUGCCCGACGCUACGACGACCUGGAGCUGCAGCAGCUACAGGAGGAGCACAUGAUGGUGAUCGGCAAGCGGACGACCGGGUGCCACCAGAUGCGCCUGAAGCGCAUUCCGGUGAGGUCGCCGUGCCGCAAGAAACCGACACGCUAG